AUGUCGUCUAGGCAGAGGCGCCAUAUGCGCUGGAAGAAUGCCGAGCGAAACUUGAAUUUCAUGUCGCAGUCGCGGCUCAGCAAGAUCAUGCACGAGGCCAGCUGGACAGAGCGGAUGGUCCGGAGCAAGUGCUUCGAAUGGUUCAGUGGGUGCUUGAUCCUCUUCAACUGCAUCUUUAUUGGGUGGCAUACUCAAAUGCUGGCCUCCCAUGCGAUCGAACAGGUUAACUUGGACCUGGAUCCCAUUGUGAGGACAUCCGCGGAAGUCCUGGUCUUGCAGGUCUGCUUCACGGCCUGCUUCCUUGCCGAACUGCUCGUGCGCUGGUCAGCGGAAGGUUUCUUAGACUUCUUCAAGUCAGCCGACCUCGUGUGGAACGUUCUCGACAUUGUGUGCGUGCUCAUUGGCAUAGUUGAUGCCUCAGCGGAAAUUGUGAUGCUGGCCAUUGGGCUGGAGGAGAAGACCCCCCUGCGAACAUUCACCGUCAUGAGGGUGCUGAGAGUGGUGCGCAUCGUGCGUGUCGUCCGCGUGAUUCGGAUUAUGCGUUUCUUCCGCGAGCUCCGCAUGAUGAUCUUCAGCACUGUAAACUCGUUGAGGUCAGUCAUUUGGAUAAUUUUCUUCUUAUUUGUGUUAUUCUACAUGUUCGGCAUUGCCUUCACCUCGGCGGUCGUGAGUUACCUCGACACGCUUGAAAUGAGAAAGCAGUCAGAGAACAUCACCCUCCAGCGGUACUUCGGCACUUUGGAUGUCUCCAUACUCACGCUCUACAUGGCGAUGUCAGGUGGACAGAACUGGAGUGUUUACUAUGAGUCUUUGGCUUCGAUGAGGGGAGGAGAGUUCUGGUGUUUGCUCUACAUCCUUUAUAUCACUUUUGCGUUAUUUGCUGUUGUCAAUAUCGUGACUGGCGUAUUCGUUGAUACAGCGCUCCAGUCCAGCAAAAAUGAUCGUGAGGUUGUUGUGCAGGAGGAGCUGGAGCAAAAGAGAGAUUACCUGCAGCAGCUCCGUCAGCUCUUCCAGGCAAUUGAUGAGGACUCUGAGGGCCGCAUCACGCGCGAGGUGCUGCAGCAAGCGUUCAAGCACGAGACUAUUCUUGCAUACUUCUCCUCUUUGAAGAUCGACGUCCCAGACGCAGCUACUUUGUUUGACCUGCUGGACUUCGACCAGUCGGGCGCAAUCGACCUGGAGGAGUUUCUUCAUGGGUGUUACCAUCUUCACGGCGAAGCAACGCAUCUGGAAGCAAAGAUGAUGCAAGCCGAAGUGAGGCCUGGACUAUAG